GGUGUAUAUCUGUAUCCUGAUUCCUGAUAUGGCGGAUGCUCCGUUAUUAUGCGAUCGCGCGUACGACGUGAGAUAGGAGGACCGAGACGAUGGCGUACGACUUGAAGAAAGAGGAGGACGUGAAGGAGUACCUGAAGAACCUUCACAUAGAGUAUCAGUUCGGUUGCUACAGCGAGAAAAAACCGGAGGUGUGCCACUUGCUGGGCGACUAUUAUGAGGCGGUGAACGCGGACAUGGCGAAGGCUGCGUCGUUGUACAAGACGACCUGCGAUCAGUACAACUACGCCAGGAGCUGUGCGAAAUUCGGCGAUUUCAAAGCGAUCGGUAAAGGUUGCAAGAAGGAUUUACCGACGGCGUACAAGUACAUGUCGAAAAGCUGCGAGCUCAAUGACGAGUCCGGAUGUCUGCAUGCCGGUGUCCUGGGAACGUCCAAGAACGACGUCGGAGAGAAGGAUAGGGCCACUCAGGUCCAAGCGGGCGUCAGGUACCUGAAGAAGGCCUGCGACGUGUACAACUCAGACAAGGCCUGUUUCUACCUAUCGGGUAUCUAUCUGGGCGGCAUAGAGGACGUUAUCGAAAAGAACUACAAAGAAGCAUAUAAGUUGUCGUUGAAGAGCUGCGAGCACGGCAAUCCAUAUGCCUGCGCAAACCUGUCGCAGAUGCACGCGCGCGGAGAAGGCGCGCAGAAGAAUCCCGAGCUCGCCGCAACUUUUAAGAAACGCGCUAUAGAUUUACACGAAGAACUGAAACGAGUGCAGCCAGAAUUAAAGUUUCAUCAGGGCGUAAAUCCAUAACGCUUGUUUACACGAUAUGCAUUAAAUUGCUUAAGAGAUUAGUUUUUCUUCUUCAUAUAAUUCUGUGAAACAAAAGAAUAGCUCGACUAUGCAUACGAGGAAGAUAAUAUACAUAAGUAUCUAUGUACAAAAAUAUAUGCGAUUUGUCAAUUA